GCAUCUCUCUUUUCAUUCUUCCUCGCCAUGGUCAUCUCAGGCAGACUUCAUGGCUGAUCCACUCAUCAUCGUCGGUACGGCUGGGGCCGUCACUGGUCUCGUUGAGGCUCUAGGCAGGAUCAUUGAGGCAGUGUCGGCGCUUCGCAGCCAGUGGAAGGACGCCAAUCUAAUCGCGCUAGCGUUUGAGACGCAGCUAGUUGCAAUGCGAGCUGCCCUGGCCAAAAUUGAGCAGUGGGCCAGCAUAGCCAGCGAGCCUCACCACCAGCUCGUCAUAGAUCUUGGCCGAUGCGUAUCCUGCUGUCGGCUACUCGUCGACAAGCUAGACGUCGAGGUCGCUCGAUUCACCAAUUUAGGUGGCGCCUUGAAUACGUCAGACAAGCUCCAAUUGAUCUUCAAAUCGAAGGGACUCCAACAUGUCCAAAAGUCGAUUGAGAUUCAGACCACGGCCUUGACGCUGCUCCUCACCGCGUGCAACAGCAACACCCUUGCAGAGCAGAGCGCGCUCCUCCAAAGGCCAUCGCCCCGAAAGACCUUCAAGAAGAUGGAGGCCGACGCAGCAUCCAUUAUUGUGCUGCGAGACGUCGACUCUAUUCUCAGCGGCUACACCGCGACCUCCAUCAACUCCUCCAAAAGAUCGCUAGUCUUUGAAUUCGACCAAGACCUUCUUACCUCGCGCAUCUAUCAGAAGUGGAUUCGCGGGUCUGUUAGGGGUAGUUUGCUAAAACAACAGGGUACUACCCAGACGAGGCCCCCCGGACCGGCUUUGAAACUACUUUCGGAUCGAGCGCUUCGCUACUCUUGUGGCUACUAUUCCUGCCCGUUCUUGAUAACUGGUACUGAAACGCCACCCACGAUGGACAUGCUGAAGAGAAUGAAAGCAAAGUUUCCGAGGAUCUACACCAAACGGGACGAGGUUCGAAACCGGGCACUCGUCUUGAGUGCCGUCAUUGCUAGUGCACGAUCGGUCGCGCGUGCAUUAUUGAAACUCUUCGACGUUGAGCUAGGAAUCCAGCAUGGCAUCGAGUACACAGACUUGCUGUUCCUAGAAAACUUUGGGUCUGGCAGCACCCAGGGUCUUACCUUCGACUCCAGGUUUCCAAACGCGGUUGAGUCACUGAGAAAAUGCAACUGCUUCCAGAGGCUUGAGGAUGCUCAAGUCGAGGCUCCCGAGGAUGUCUACCCUUGCAUCGAGUCCGCAGAAUACCUAUUCCUGGAGGUUCGGAGAAUAUGGAGGCCGGACUACAUACCCAACGACCUGGAUAUUUUCAGGUGCGGAAGUAAGCCAAAAUGGGCCGGGCAAACGGCCCUGCAGAUCAGGAUAACACUCGACAAACAUUUUUUGACCAUCUAUGACAUACCCUUUGAGGUCUUCGACAUGAACUAUCCCCCAAACCCUAUCAUCUUCGUGGUUGACCUGGACCAUUACGACCGACCAAACGUGGCCAAGGCGUUGGACUUUUUGAGAGACGAUGCCGCACGCCGGUCCAAUUUUUGGCGACACGGUAAGGAAGUAAUGAUCGUGCUCUACAACUCGAUACUUUUCAGAUCUAAGCUCGCCGCCGUGCCGCUGAGCAAAACGUUUCCAGAUUACACUGGUGGGAGCGAUGUCGAUCAGGCCUUUGCAUACCUACUUGAAACUUUCAGCGCUUUCGGCGGACCGUAUUACACCUGUAAGUUUGAUCCGACCAAUCCAACAGGAGAUGAGGAAGUUCUCUUGCACAUCAAAUUCUUUAUUUCGGAAGCAAUCAAUAAAAAGAUAUUGAGAGACUCGGGUUUCCUGUAACAAUUAGCAGCGAAUCAGUACACGCCGGGGCCCAAACCGUUCAAGCCGCAAUCUUUUGAACCGACAAUAGUUACCUAGCAUUCGUGAUGUGGCGUGACUCUAGAACCACCCCAGGGGACGUAAUGAUGUGAUCCGGUAUCUAGAAGAUAAAUGUAGGAACAUAUUCGUAGCUACCUAGAUGUAGCGGGGGUUGCGACUGUAUAAUUAGACGCUGUUGCUAGAGUGCCAGGCAGCAGGUAUAUCUAGUUUUUCUGCUAGUGGAACGGCACACCAUUACAC